AGUUGUAGCUGGUUGUAGCCAUGUUGCUUUGCUCGGUGAUUGCUUUAUAUUUUUCUAUGGUGUAUAUCAAUAUUAUAUUUGUCAUGUUAGUACGAAGUGCGUGACAACAAUACAAAUUAUUGUCGUUCUAUUAUAUAUCGUAGAUGGUUAUUUAUUUUUUAAAUUGGAACUGUGAGUGAAGUUAUAUUAUGAAUGAAUUAUUGAACUGUAUAUAUUCAAAACUAUAUUUAAAAGGCCUGGUGACUUCGUACGUGACACACAAGGACAAUGCACAAACAACCAAGGUUGCAUUUACAAGAUAGUCGUUCUGUUAACUGAAUGAUUUUUGAGUGGUGUUUUAUAAGAAAUUUGGAUUUAACAUGUCCAACAAGAAACAACCUCAGUUUGUCUCGAAGCCGUCUCCCUCAGACACCGGUUCAAAUACCGCUAUUCCGCCCCGUUAUCAACCGCCCCCAUUGCCAGCAUCCGGGACAGGAAUACUCAAACAUACUGCAAUAAAAGAUGCAAAACUAUUCGUUCCUAAAGGCCAAGAAAACCUAAAGAAUCCUUCAGAUCCUGCGAAUUCUAACAAGUAUUAUCCUACUGCAGUAUCUGUUAAACAGUUUCACCCUUAUCCAGUCGGAGGACCAUCUCAAGCCCGUCCCAAUCCUAGGACCUUCGAAGAGGAUCUGAGGGUACAUUCUCAAAUUCAUCAAGAUUUGAUUAGAAAUCCUCCACAAAGAUUGGAUGAAGCUGGAAUUCCACAGCAUCCUCAAGAUUUACGACUCCAUCAGAUCAGAGCAGGUGUUCGUGGUUUUACAGAAGAAGAUUUUCAUAGAAUUACUCCAGGCGAUAUGUUAAAGUUUGUUCGCAAAACUGAUCCUCAAGCGGAACAAGCUCGUCAUUUACAAAUGCAAAAUCUUCUUGCCGAACUUCGAUCUUUAAAGGAGGCAAAUGUGCGACUUGGAGAUGAUAACCAGGAUCUGAGGGAUUUGUGUUGUUUUCUGGAUGAUGAUCGUCAAAAAGGGCGUAAAUUAGCACGUGAGUGGCAACGUUUCGGUCGAUACACAGCCAGCGUCAUGCGCCAAGAGGUUUCUGCUUACCAAAACAAACUACGAGAAUUAGAUAAUAAACAACAAGAACUAAUUAAAGACAAUUUAGAAUUGAAAGAGCUUUGUCUUUAUUUGGACGAAGAAAGGAGCGGGAGUAGUAUAUGUCCAUCUUGCGGGAGCAGUACGACUGGAAAUUUACGGGACGACGGAGAUGGAUCUAGUUCAAGUACAAAUGCCGAUGAACCCCAAGUUCCUCAGCAAUUUAAUGGAGGAACAAAUCCACCCCGAAGAAGUGCUAGUCGAGAGCGAAUUCUUCACGAAACUUUAUCACGUCAAAGAAAUACCUUGAAUGAUCAAACCAUGCAAUACGUACGAAAUUUAGAACAGCAAAUCAAGCAGCUGGAAGAAGAGAAGAAGGCGUUGACUGUGAAAAUUAAUAAAUUGGCAUCGGCUGUGGGUGAUCCAGGAUUGGUGAUAACUCCACCAAAUCAAUCUGAAACGUCGAGUUUAAAUGGACGCCCCGAGGCCGUUGUUAGGGCCCUCCAGGUUCUCGAACUGAGAGAACAGCUGGAACGGGAAGCUCGGGAUAUUUAUGAAGUAGAGGAAAGAGGGGAUAUUGCUUCUCAAGAUAUGGACGAUGGGGAAAAAGCUUUAGUUAGAGAAAUGUGUAAUGUUGUAUGGAGAAAAUUAGAAGAGGCACCCCCUCCACCAAGACGAUAACGCUAACAGUAAAUUAAUAUUUUUCCAGGAUUCAUAAAUUCUUGCCUUUUGGUGUAUAUAUUGAACGUUCAAAGUACGCAAAGUACACUUAUUUAUACGUUUAUUUUUAUAAAGUAUUUAAAUAAAAUAUUUUAAGCUC